ACUCAUUUCGGCCGUCGGGAUAUGCGGCCAGAUUUUGUGAAUUGUGAUGCUGGUAUUCUCGAAACUCACAGUUUUCAUUUCUCUUUAAUACGCAUUGUAUCUGUCGUCUGAAGUAGCUGAGCUUAAGGAAUUAUCAGUUAUGGCUAUACAAUAUUAGUUUGAGCGAAACGUCUUCACGUGUUCGCAUGUUGUUGGAAGACCCAUUGAAGUUCUUCGGAUUUUUAGAUGGAAAAUUUCUUUAUCAGUAUUUUCAAAUGCGCAGUGUGUAGCCCGUUGAGUUGCGUUCCAUGCCAAGCGAAGGCACCGAGCGAAACUUUUCGGACAGGCGGGCUGAGCUUUAUCUGUUUGAACAUGCGCUACAAAUAAUCCGAGCCCGCGGCGGACCAUUUCAUGCCUUUUAUCACGCUUCGUACCGACAAGAGUGGAGGUCGGCUGAACGGAAUGGACUCGCGGAUAGUGAUUUCGCCAUUUCGACCGGUUUUGAUUGGACGUGAGUCGGAGUGCAUUAGCUACCGGAUUACUGUGGUCGUGCGGAUGGAGAAGGAUGACUGCUGGCUCGGAUACAUCCAGGACUUUAACAGUGCCGACGGCACCGUCUUGGUUGACUUUGAUGCCUGCGCAGCGCCGGCGCGCCUCAUCCCGGCGUCGCGCGUCUGGCCGAUGCAGUUCUUGCCCCGGCUGCACUGGAUGGAAUAUCAGAACAUGUCUGUAAUGGCGGCUGUGCGCGAUGCCAGUGCCGGCCCGUUGCGCUUCCGUCCGGCCACGGUGCUGCUGUGCUUUCCCAAAUGCGAGCUCUUCUUUAUCACGGUGACCGUGCCGGGAACUAACCAACCCACCAAUGCUGUUGUUAAUCGCUGUCAGUUAACGAGGCGACUGCCCUUCGACCAGGCACCUAUCCUGGCCAGAACCAGACCGAGCGGCAUACUUUACAUGCGGCAUGAAAUCCCCUUUAACACCGCAAAAUGUGCUUGUAACACAGCGGCGGACGUGUCGCAAUUUAUUGACGCUUUUGAGCUAGCGUACUAUCCUUCGCAUCCGCAACUGAACGACACGGAUGAUAGUUGUCGUUUCCACGUGCGAUUCGGCGCGGAUCGCUGCACGUUCAUCGUCGUUGACACGGCAACCGUGACCUGGACGGCGGAGACGCUGACGAGGAUAUUGGAGACGUAUGCAGCGCGACAUGUCGAUCCAAAAGCUCUCGCGCAAACCACUCGUGAAAGCAGCGAAGUGGUACGGGCCACACACCUGACCAGGAGCUUGAGAUUCGU